AUGGCCUUGUUAGAUGAAAAUACCAUAAACUAUGAUGAUGUGCACAUUGACUUCACUCAGGAUGAGUGGGCUUUGCUAAAUCCUUCCCAGAAGAGUCUCUACAAAGAUGUGAUGCUGGAGACAUACAGGAACCUCACGGCUAUAGGGAUGGAAGAAGCCAUCCUGGAGACAAGCCCUCUGAAUAUACUCAAUGUGUUAAAGCCUUUGCAUGUUACAUUCAUCUUCAAAGGCAUGAAAAUAGCCAUUCUGCAGAGAAAGCAUACGAUGGUGUUCAAUAUGAUGAAGACUUUGCAGGUACCAGUUGUCUCCAAAUACCUGAAAGAACACAAGCUAGAGAGAAACUCCAUGAAUGUAAUCAAUGCAUAUUCUUUAUACAAGAGUAAAACUUUUGAAUAG